AUGGCUCCAUCACGAAUAGAUAACGACAUACUCACCUCUUCCCCCGUCCCCGUCAAAAGCAUCUCAACUGAGAGUCCUUCUCGGUUCUCUUCUCUCUCGGAAUACCCUCUGGACGAACCGUUUGCCCUGAACGCAGCAUACUUCAAAGAUUCCGACUCCGACAAGGUAAAUCUGGGAAUAGGCGUCUACCGCACGGAGGACGGAGACCCCUGGCCGUUGCCCGUAGUGGAGGAAGUCGAGAGACAGAAGCAGCAGGAGAAGAACCCAUCCCGACAUGAAUACCUGACGAUCCAGGGAGACGUCGAGUUCCUCGCACUAGCUCGGGAUCUGGCAUUUGGAUUCCACGACGGACAGCCCGAGUCGUAUCUCGUCCAGCAGCGGAACAGAAUCGCAUCCGUGCAGACCGUCUCAGGCACGGGUGCCAAUCGAGUAGGCGCUGACUUUCUCGCGCGUGCUGCGCAUCCGCGGACGGUCUGGAUCCCCGAGCCGACAUGGUCGAACCAUCAUGCCAUCUGGGCGUAUGCGGGCGUAGGGAGACGGACGUACCCGUACUAUGAUUUCGAGGGGAAAUGCUUCAACCAUGCAGGGACGACAGAGACGCUCAGCACUCUCGCUCAACCCGGUGACGUCGUUGUCUUCCACGCAUGCGCCCACAAUCCCACCGGUGCUGAUCCCUCCAAGGACCAGUGGGCGAAGCUCGCGGAAUUAUGCCACAGCAAGGGCCUGAUCCCGAUCUUCGACCUCGCCUACCAGGGUUUCGCGUCAGGGAGCAUCGACGAGGACGCAUGGGUCAUCAAGCAUUUCCUGAACGUCCGUCCGCAGCUCGAGUUCUGCGUUGCGCAGUCCUUCUCCAAGAACUUCGGACUCUACGGCCAGCGCACUGGCGCGUUGCACGUCGUGUCGAGAACCACCUCCGAGACCGAUCCCGUCUCCAGGAUCGUGCUGUCCAACCUGUGCAACCUCGUCCGUGGUGAAUAUUCUCUGCCGCCCAGGGCUGGUUCUGAUAUUGUGAAGACAGUCCUCGCCUCUCGGGAGCUUCGCGAGAACUGGUACGAUGAUCUGCGCCACAUGAGUGGGAGGAUCAAGGCGAUGCGGCAGGCUUUGUAUGAUGAACUCAUCCGCCUGUCUACGCCAGGAACUUGGGAUCAUAUCCUGUCUCAGAUCGGCAUGUUCUCGUACACCGGACUGUCUGAGGAGCAAGUUCUUGCCAUCCGAAGCAGACAUCACAUCUACAUGCUCAAAUCAGGACGAAUAUCCAUGUGCGGCCUGAACCAUAAAAAUGUUGGGUAUGUGGCUAAAGCCAUCGACGACGUGGUGCGCACUGUCGUGUAG